CACUGAUGAAACAAUAUUUGAAUAUGAAAGUACUGGUGAUGUAACCUUCAUGUGCGAAGAUACAGAUAAAAUCAUUUAUAAAAGUAUUAGUGAUACAAGUUUUAAAACUUUUGAACUUAGAAAUACUA